AUGGUGGCCGUGAAGAAGACCAAGAAGACCCAUGAAAGCAUCAACACCAGGCUCGCUCUGGUCAUGAAGAGCGGAAAAUACACCUUGGGUUACAAAACCGUCAUUGACUCUCUUCGGAAGCUGAUUAUAAUUUCCAACAAUUGCCCACCUCUGCGAAAGUCCGAAAUCGAAUACUAUGCUAUGCUUGCCAAGGUUGGGGUUCACCACUACAAUGGAAACAAUGUUGAUCUGGGUACAGCUUGUGGAAAGUAUUUCCGGGUAUCGUGCCUUAGCAUUGUUGAUCCAGGUGACUCGGAUAUUAUCAAGACGCUACCUGGUGGUCAGUGA